AUGAGGAUUCUCCUGUGCGUUUUCGUCGUCUACUUAUCAGGAUGGUCGUGCCUGGGACAAGAAGGACUUACCGACACCAGAGAAGGCGAAGACAUAUCACUGAAAUGCCGAUUCAAUGGACAGCUGCCGUCAACUGUUGCAGAUACCCAAUAUUAUUGGCUUAGGACUAACAAGCACAACCAAGAUAAUGUAGCUAUCAAAGCGACUCCGUUGGAAGGCAACUAUAAACUCGAUUUCCGUCCUGAACUAGGAAUUUAUGAUUUACUAAUUUCUAACUCGACGUAUGAGAGGGAUAACGGCAAGUUCGAAUGUCGAUUGAAGGAAGCUGGUACUGGCCGAGAAAUUCAUUCACAGAGUUUCCAAAUCACUGUAUUAACACCACCUAGUCCACCACGUAUCUCACCCGGAACCAACCCCGUGGCUACCGAAGGACGUGCGUUAGAGUUGUCUUGCACAAGUUCUGGUGGCAGCCCCGAACCUAUUGUCAGAUGGUAUCGUGAAGGUGUUCGUGAUCCUAUCGAUUCUGUGACACGAAGUGGUACUAGCACCAAGGAAUCCAUCACAUCAGCCGUUUUGCAAGUGACGCCAACUCGCGAAGACGAUGGUGCAGUGUAUCGGUGCGUGGUGUGGAACAGGGCUAUGGUCGAAGGCACAAAGUUCGAAACUAGGACCACACUGAGUGUAAACUACUACCCUCGCGUCCAGAUCGGACCGGAGAACCCGCUGCGAGUGGAACGUGACGAGUCCAUCACGCUGCAAUGUAACGUGGACGCCAAGCCACGCGUCAACAACGUACGGUGGAUGCGCGACGACCGUUUCAUAGCCACGUCUUUCACGCACGUCAUCCAAAAGGUGACCACCCAGGACGCGGGCACGUACACGUGUAUGGCCGACAACGGACUGGGGCAGACCCGCGAGGCGGAACUGGUGCUGGACGUUCAGUACCCGCCCGUAGUGACCGUAGACGUGGGACCGGGAGCGGCCAGGCAGCGCGAGGCCGAGGAAGGAGACGGCAUCACCAUCCAGUGCAACGUUUCCGCCAACCCGGCGCCGAUAUCCGUCGAGUGGAUCCGGGACGGGCGUCCCGACUUCCGACAAUCCGGUGACGUGCUCCGCAUACCCAAGGUGACCGCCGACUCUGGAGGCGUGUACACGUGCCGUGCCAUCAACAUUCUGUACCCAUCGUCGUUGUCUCGGCAGCGCAUUAACCGCAUCGGCAACGCGUCCCUCACGCUCCUCGUCCGGCACCGGCCCGGCGUGGCCCGCAUCACACCCGACCGGCCCGUGGCCACCGAGGGCACAGGCGUGACGCUCACGUGCUCGGCGUCGCCGCCCGGCUGGCCGACACCGCAGUACAAGUGGUGGCGCGAGUUCGACUCAAACGGCGACCCGUCCACCAGCGCCACGAUACUGUCCACCGGCCCGAAAUACACCAUCCCGUCGGUGCACCUGGGCAGCGAGGGCCGAUACAGGUGUCAGGCGAUCAACGAGAUGGGCAACGGCGACGCGUCUUCGGUGCUGCUUACCGUCCACCACGCCCCGAAGUUCGUUACCAAGUUGCAGCCGCACGUUACCAGGCGCGCAUCGGACAUCGGAUUUUCGGCCAUCUGCGCCGCGCAGGGAAAGCCCAAGCCCGCGGUCACCUGGUUCAAGGACGGCAAAGAAGUUCUGCCGGAUUGGUUCGACGUGAGCACCGACGAGACGGAUAACAGCAACGGGGUGACCACCGUGCACAGUACUCUCAAGUUCCACGGCAAGGAGAGACCUCGAGGUAACCAGUUGGUGCCGUCGGACCGUGGGGUGUAUUCCUGCGCGUUCGAGAACGACGUCAAGAAAGUCGAGUCCAGCAUGCUCCUCAGAAUCGAACACGAACCCAUCGUGCUCCACCAAUUCAACAAAGUAGCCAGUGAUUUGUACGAGACAGCCGAAGUCAUUUGUCGGGUGCAAUCGUAUCCUCGACCGGAAUUCCAGUGGAGUUACAACAAUCACAUGGCUCCUUUGCUAGCCGGCAGCGACGGUCACUACGAAAUAAACACGACCAUAAACGAAAGCGGUGGUGACAUUUACACUAGCGUGUUGCAAGUAUCCAACCUCCGAGAGACCGAUUAUGGCGAUUACAGUUGUCGUGUAGCCAACACUUUGGGAAGCGUAAAGCCUACAAUCAAACUACAACCUAAAGGACCACCUGACCAUCCAGAAAACGUAACAGCUUUCGACAUUGGCCACAACAAUGUCGUUUUACAAUGGAGCAGCGGUUUCAACGGCGGUGUUAUCAAUACCAAACACUUUGUAAACUACAAAAAGGUUUCCGUGGAUGAAAACGAAUUCGACAGUGAUUGCUACUCGGUCAAGAGGUCCAAUCAGCCGGAAAGAUGGCAAGAGUUCGAUUGCCAAACUAAAAACCCAUGCAACGUGACUGGCUUGGAUCAACAUCAAAGUUACUUAUUCAAGGUAAAAGCUUACAAUACCAAAGGGCAUAGCGAGUAUUCACAGGAGACAGUAGCUAUGACUAAAGUGGAUCGUAUACCAGCUCCUCAACGUGUAACAUUUGAUCCUGAAUCUCAUGCUUUAACAAUCAACAUCGGCGCAACUUGUUUACAACUAGUUGGAGUUGUCGAAGCAUCUAUGGGAGGUGCUCGCGAAGAUUGGCAUUUGAUUGAAACAUUGCCACUGGCAGUUAGUGGCAGCACAUCCACACACCGUGAAGCUACCAUACUAUCUUUAGUUUCACGUCGCCAGAGCUCUGGCGCUCGUUCAUUGGAUGAAGAUGAUCUAAACUUAAUUGCUGGUAGUGAAGAUGAAGAUCUAAUUGAUAAACCUGCAGAUGAUGUCCGCAUUAGAGUUCGAUUGUGUCUUCGGUCCAGUCAGACCACAUGUGGUGAUUACACAGAAGCUGAAAUUGGUGCAAAUUUUGUAAAAGAACAACAAGCGAUGGCAACUCCUACACUAAUUGCUCUGGUCAUAUCAUGCGCUGUUUUCAUUCUAUUUGUGGCACUUUUGUUUAUUUUCUGUCGUUGCAAGCGCAAAACAGCCAAGAAAACUACGGGCAAAGAAUAUGAAAUGGAUUCUUCAACCGUUCACCCUAGUAUUAUACAUGGACCCCCACCUUAUACCGAACCUGGCCUUGACAACAAAGCAUUACAGCAAUCUGUAGAUCUAGUUCAUGAUGUCACUAAAAAUGGUGUGUAUGGAUCCCAAAACGACUACAACACUUAUCACACGGGCAACGGAUUGCGUCCGAAUGGUGAAUGGGUCAAUGUUGGAUAUGUAGAAAACAGUUAUUCCAAUUCAAAUAAUGGUGGUUCAGUUAACUCUCAAGAUUCUCUGUGGCAAUUGAAAAUGGGUGGUAAUGGUAGUACUGGUGGUACACACAUCUCUCGUGAUGAUCAUUUACAUAUGGCUGAACGCAUGAACCACUAUGGAGGUUAUGAUCCAUUGACUCAUGGUGGCUAUGGAAAUAUGGAUGAUUACGCACACUAUCCACAACUCACAUCUGCCAGCCCCGAUUAUAGCACUCACAGUCACGUACCUUCAAGGCAAGACUAUAUUCAUAGCGGUCAUUUACAACCGGCCGAUAAAACCCGCAGACGGGACCCUCAUCUUGAAUCACCAUACGGUGACGUGAGUGGCUUGCCUGACCCUUACCUCGAGCAGCUAAUUGACAAUGAGGAGCACAUGAAACCUCAACCACAUCUGUCCAUGUCAUAUGACGAAAGUCUCGAGUCUGGAUAUUCUACACCAAAUUCACGGACGCGACGCAUAAUCAGAGAAAUUAUCGUUUAG